UUUGCAGACAGGUGAGUCAGGAGACAGGUCUAUAAAUUGACCUGCCAUUUCGUAGGGAUAGAGCCUCACAAGGUGCACAAAUCAAUGAGGCAGCCAUUGCGCAGGACAAUUGGAGUUGAGAGAGAGAGUGUGGUGAUUGCAGUGCGCAUGUGGCUGCUUCGUUGGGUGGUAAUGCACUUGGCUUAGCCUCUUCCCUGUCCAGUGGCCCGGGGGGUGUGGAGGGCUGUUAGGGGUUGCUUUCGAUGGUUGCCCGCGGAGUUGCGCAGUGGCUUCCCUUUCGUUUUCACUGGCAGACGCUUUGCAGUGGACACGACAACCGAACAGAGGGAGGCAGAGCCUCGCUUGAAUUAGUUGUCAGACGCUGCGGAAAUAUUGAUUUUCGCGUUGCUAAAAAGUGCAUUUAAUUGUCCAACAGCCCAACAGGAUGAGUCUCAAGUCCAGUGCCCGCAUCAAGAAGCGCCGCUCCGACGCGGCGGCUGCUACAUUUUCAAGUGCAGCAGCAGCUCCAGCACCAGCUCCAGCGACCGGGAAUGGCACUGCGAAUGGGAAUGGAAGUGGUGGCAAUACCAGUGGUGGCAGUGGCAGUGGCAAUAGUAAUGGUAACGGCAAUGGCAGCACUGUUCCACCCACAAGCAAUUACAACUGCAACCAGAGCCUGUGCAGCGCCGAGAAGCACAAGAAGCACAGCUACGCGGGCCGCAAUCCCAACUUCGACACGGACGAGACGAAGCUGCUGAUUCAGCUGUGGGGCGAUCCCAAGCUGCAGCGCACCCUCAUCACCACGCACAAGAAGCACGCCGUGAUCUGCCAGCUGGCGGCCAAGAUGCAGGAGUACGGCUACCAUCGCUCGCCGGAGGAGAUAACCACGCGCAUCAAGAACCUCAAGUGUUUCUACAAUCGUCUCAAGAAGGACAAGGAGUGCGGCGCCACCUCCGACUCGGAGCCCAGCUGGAAGCAUUUCGCCGAAAUGGACGCCAUCAUGACGCGGCCCAUCUUCAGUGUGCGGCCCAAUGAGGUGCCAGCCCCAUCGCUCAAGUAUCAACUGGAGCAGGCCCUGGAGGAGCAUGCGGAGCAGCGCAGCCGUCGACUGGCAAACGGCGAGGAGUUGUCCGAGAGCGACAACGAGGAGGACGACAUGCUGCUCUCCUCGCUGGUGUCCAAAGGCAAGCGGGACACGCCCCGCAAGGAAGUGGAGGCCGCCUGCCUUGGGGUGGACACGGACUUAAAUGAGGAGACCCUGGAUCCGGUUGCCUUCAAGCGACGCAAACACUCAACCGAGCCGGAUGUGGACAUCGGUAGUGCGGUCUUGGCUUCUCCUAGCAUAAAGACUGAGCCCGGCCAGGAGCCGGUAACUGCUUCGGCAGCUGGACCGGCGGAGUCUGAGCAUGAGGAGGAGGAGGAGGACGACGACGAUGACUGCAUGCUGCUGCCCCAGACCAAGGAGGAGCCCAUCGAUGUGGAUGCUGGCGAUGAUUCGCCCAGCGAGAAGUCCCCCAGUCCCGUCAUGUCCACACUGGCGAAUAUAUUGCAGCGGCCGAGGAACCCUGCGGCGAAUCUCCAAAUGUCCUACACGACAGGCAAUGUCAUCAUCUCUGCCAGCGGCAGCACAUCCACCAGCUGCUCGGUGCCCAUCCAAAGCACCAGCACCAGCACACUAUGCGGCAGCUCGGGCAUGCUGCAGCCGGGAAAGAUCUCUCUGGUGCCCACAAACUUCCUGAUGCAGUCCAAGCUGCCAGCCGCUGUGGGACCCAGUCCCGUCCCAGCCAACGGAUCUGCGCCGCAGCUGCAGCUGCUGCAGAGCGCCAUCAAUCAGGGUGCCCGUCUGAUGAUCAGCGGAUCGGCCUCGGCCCCGGCACAGCCAAGCAAUGCCGGGCUGGUGGCCACGGCACCCGGCGGCGUCAAGUUUGUUCUCGUGAAUACCGAGCAGGCCAAGGCAGCGGCAGCCGUAGCUGCUGUGGGUAAAUCAGCAGCAACGCUGCCCCUGGCCACCGCCCAGGCUCAGGCCAUAGCACAGCAGCAGCAGCAACAACAGCAACAACAACAACAACAGCAGCAGCAGCAGCAACAGCAACAGAAGCUGCAACAGCAAAACUUGCAGCAGGAGCAGCAGCUUCAACAGCGGCAGCAGCGACUGAAGGAGAAGAAAAUUCAACAGGAGAAGGACGAGAAUCGCCGUGAGCGGCAGCGAGAGGAAUCGCAGUCCAGGCGACACAUGACAACUAUGCGAAUCCUGCUGCGGCAGCUGCUGAAUUCCCAGAACGAGGCAAAUGAGAUUCAGCACAAUCGCCUGUCGUUGGAGCGCGAGCGUCUGGACUGGGAGCGCUCGAUGGGCGAUCGGCUGUUGACGCUGCUACCGAAUCUGGUGCAGCCUGCCGCUGCGGCGACUCCAUCAACUGCUGCUCAGCGCCUGCAGCCGCCCAAGCUGCUGUUCACCACAGCACUGCCCAUGGGCAAUGGUACCGUCACCAUGCCUCACAUACUCACAACCAACUCCUUGCCAAAGGUGAUUACGGCUCCAUCCUCCACGCCGGUUAGCUGCAGUACCAGUGCCAGCAGCAGCGGUGUCGCGGCAGGAACGGCAGCAAAGCCAGCGGGCGACGGGGAUGUUCAAUUAGUCACGCCUAAGCAGGAGAAGGAGGGCUGAUGGAUGGGCUCAUUGAUAUUGUAGAAGCAAUCUCCGACUUCAAGAAACGAUGAUAUUACAUUAAAAGUCCAUAUCCGAUCUAAAAUGUAGUUUACUCUAACAGUAAGACGUCUUAUAAUAAAGCUUGAACUAAUAACUGA